ACAGAACUGGGCAGAACAGGAGGAUCGAGGAGCCACCAAACCUACGAAAGCAGUCUCACUUCUCAAUGACUGGACUAUGUGGUAAUUUGGGGCCUCUAGAAAUGGUGCACUCUGCUCCAGAUAUACACCACCUCCGACUCAUCCUGAUGCCAUUUGAGUUGCUGCUUUGUUAUCUCCUGCUGCACUCUGUGGAUGCUGUUUCAUAUAGAGAGGGGACAACUGUCUCUACAAUGCACUUUCCGCCUGACUUAGGAUCCCAACUGCCCUCCUCAAACCCCUUGUCCUGCCAGACCCUGCUCCCAAAGUCCCUACCUGGCUUCAGUCACAUAUCCCCUCUCCCCAAGUUCCUGGUAGGCCUGGCUCUGAGGAAUGCCCUGGAGGAAGCUGGCUGCCAGGCUGAUGUCCAGGCCCUGCAGCUUCAGCUCUACCGCUUGGGAGGUGUGAAGGCCACACAGGCCCUCGUUCACCAUCUUCAAGAGCUCCAGAAAGUGGAGAGCACAGACUGGCAAGUGUCAACAGAAGCCCUAAUCUCUGCUCUGCAGUUGUUAGCCAGGGAGCAGCUAGGUCCAAAGAGGGUCCAACGCUCCAUCUCCACGGUGGACUGUGAGAAUGAUCAGGAACAGAGUGUGCACAACGUGGUCCGGCUGCUGCCAGCAGUGGGAGCCUACUACAACCUGGCCACAGCUUUGUAUUAUGCCAUUCAGAACUGCACUGAUAAGGCCAAGGAUCGAGGACGAGAUGGGGCCAUAGAUCUGGGUUAUGACCUUCUGAUGACCAUGGCAGGUCUAUCAGGGGGCCCUGCUGGUGUAGUGAUCAGUGCUGCCCUUAAACCAGCACUGAAGGGUGGGGUUCAGCAGCUGAUCCAAUAUUAUUAUGAUGAAAAAGAGGUGAACAUCUCUCAGCCAGAGGCCAGGAAAGAUGGCUUGUGGGGCAUCUCAGAUGGGAGUGACUUGGAAGAAACAACCCCAACCCCUUCAGUGUCAGAAUUUGUAAGUCCAGCUUCCUAUUGGGGGUGGACCUUAUUUAAGAGCUAUGGUUGAGAUCUUGGAGCUAGGAGUCUUGGGAUACCAGAGGUACUAACUGCAGAACAAAUAAAUGGAAUAUUCUCA